UCUAAUCUAGGCGAACCCUAAAGCUAAUUCCCGAGUUCGUGUGUUCAGCCUUUCUUCUUCCCUCAGCAGAGAGUUAGAGGCAUUCAGAACCUGUGAAUGAAAAGCGCCAACAUUUCUCUUCAGUCCUUCAACUUCCCCGGGAAUGGCUACACCAUUUCUUGCUGGUCUUGCCGUAGCUGCUGCAGCACUUGCAGGAAGGUAUGGCGUCCAAGCAUGGCAAGCAUUCAAGGCUCGACCCCCAAAACCCAGAGUGCGUAGGUUCUACGAUGGUGGUUUCCAACCUACAAUGACUAGGAGAGAAGCAUCUCUAAUAUUAGGCAUCCGGGAAAGUGCAACUGCAGAUAAGGUGAAAGAAGCACACAGAAGAGUAAUGGUUGCAAACCAUCCUGAUGCUGGUGGAAGUCAUUACCUUGCUUCCAAAAUAAAUGAAGCAAAAGAUGUCAUGCUAGGGAAGGGAAAAGGAAGUGGAUCUGCAUUUUAACAGAGUUGCAAUGUCUUAAUUUUAACCCAAAGUUUUUAUAUAUAUAUAUAUAUAUAUAUAUAUAUAUUUUUUUUUUUUCUUAUGAAAUACAGAAAUAGGAAUUCAUUUAGUUUAUAAACAUUGUAGUCAAAUACUGAGUGGUAAUGAAAGACUCGGGAUGUACAUAGAUGGCGCAGCAGACUUCUCAAAGCACCUGGAUAUUAAGUUGCUGUCAAAUAUUGUAAUAAUGAGUGGUAAUGAAAGACUCGGGAUGUGGUUCGUUGGGAGAA